AUAAGGUAAGGUGUUUACUAUUCUAAUAAAAAAAAAAAACUUUCCUUUGAGGUUUUUUCCUAAUUCCUGGGUAGAAACUGUUUGGUUCAGUACUGUAAAAAAAAACAAUCUCAUCAACAAAACUUGCAGGUAAAAUUCCCCAUCGUACUGGGCUUUCCUGUAAUCCCCCGCGUUCGUUUACUACAAUUCUGCAAAUCGCGAUAGCUUGAAAUCCCUAGGAAUGGCAAAAAAAUUUCCAUGAUCUCUCAAAAUCCCUGUCAUGUUUUGGACUUUACCAUGAAACCCGUUUGGUAAGUGAAACGUUAGUAACAGCUGAUUUCCACUUGCACUUUUCAUUGGGAUAACAUGUAGUUUCGUUGGCCAAGAACUAAAAAUUGACGUUUCACAUUUGGGAAGAGUGACGGUCAAAGUCUAUAAGCACGCAAAUGGCGAUUUAGUUCUAUUGUUGCCGUUUUCAUGUCGCGCGACUUACGAUACUAAAGUAAUAUCGUUUUGCUCCUGUUUAGUGUAAGUAGUUACUCUGAGCCCACGUUGCAGCUUUAUCAUGAACGUACUAUGCAAUCUGAAGCGUUUCAGGAACUUUCUUCCCUGCAAUUAGGAGGUUGGUAUUGUCCGCGUAACACACUACAAUAUGACUACAUCAUGCAGUCACGGAAUCACAUUCACAACGGUCCUAACCCAGGCCCAGCGUUCUACAUCGCAAUUUCCUGAAGGCUGACAUUUGGUAGCGCUUCACAGUAUAGGAUUCAAAUAGAUUCAAAGCAAUUCAUCUUACUUCAUCACUUGGACAAACACGACGGAGCUUUGGAAAUUGUGGAGACGAUCAGGUGGGUGUGCGAAGAUUUACCGGAACUGAAACUGCCAUUAGAAAAUAACAUUCUCUGUGAUUAUGACACCCACAGCUAUGAUAGUAUGAAGUCUCUAUGUGAUAGGUUUAAUCGGGCUAUCGACAGCGUCGUUGCUUUGGAGAAAGGGACGUCGUUAACGGCUCAACGAUUAAACAAGUAUCCGUCAAGAGGUUUACUGCGGCAUAUCCUUCAACAAGUUUAUAACCAGGCUGUUACUGAUCCCGACAAGUUAAAUCAGUACGAACCAUUCUCACCGGAGGUAUAUGGCGAAACAUCGUAUGACCUUGUUUGUCAAAUGAUAGACCAAAUUGAAAUAACUCAGGAUGAUAUUUUUAUUGAUUUGGGGUCGGGUGUUGGGCAAGUAGUUCUGCAAGUCGCUGCCGCAACACCCUGUAAAGUAUGCCUUGGAGUGGAAAGAGCAGAGGUUCCUAGUCGCUAUGCCGAAGCUAUGAAUAAGUAUUUUCGUUCAUGGAUGCAGUGGUAUGGCAAAAAGUUUGGAGAGUACAAACUAAUUAAGGGAGAUUUUCUGAUGGAAGAGCAUCGCGAGAAAAUUACAUCAGCGUCGAUCGUGUUUGUUAAUAACUUCGCGUUCGGUCCGUCCGUUGACCAUCAGUUAAAGGAACGGUUUGCCGAUUUAAAAGAUGGGGCUCGUAUUGUUUCGUCGAAGAGCUUUUGUCCGCUAAAUUUUCGCAUUACCGAUCGUAAUCUCAGUGAUAUCGGUACUAUUAUACAUGUUUCUGAAAUGUCACCGAUGCGAGGAUCCGUCUCUUGGACCGGCAAACCGGUUUCUUAUUAUUUGCAUAUUAUAGAUCGUACCAAGUUAGAACGCUACUUCCAAAGGCUUAAACAUCCAAAAAAUAAGUCUGCCUUGAUCGAAGAGGAAAGUAAUAGCAGCAGUACUACACGCGGAUCCAGGGACAGGGCACGUCGAGAUUUGACUAAGCAAAUGAAUGACACGAGCAGCGAUAGUGAAUUCGACGACCUUGAUAGCAGCUAUGGGCCGACAACUAGGCGCGCUUGGUCGGAUUGGUGCUCUACGAAGGGGAAAAGCAGCCAAUCUGAAGAUGAUGUUAUCACUCAGAAGGUGAGGCGUCAACCGAAAAAAUUGCGACGCAAACUAUCACGGGGAAAAGCUCCACCUCAGCAGAAAUUAACUCUUCCACCUGUCAAGGCGAGACGCGGCAGAAUGAAAAAAGGCAAACCAAAGAAGACUCUGAAGAUAAACGGCUUAGACUUACUACACAGUCAAACACUUUUGAGUACGUCUCCUCAAGCAAUUGGUAAGAAGCUACCACCGGCGCCCGGAUGCGUGGAUCAACAACUCACCGCCCUUAGUUCAGCCAUGAUUCACAAUGAACUGGACAUUCCUCAGGCUCCCGAAAGCACUCCCUACGCUCUUCAAAUUUUGAUGCACAUGCUAAAAGAUCAGUACAUGACGAUGAUUAACCAACUGAGAAAGUCGAACUACAGAAAUACGGUUGAUUGUCAAAUCAGACAGGAAAAGGAGAGGAACAAACGUCUUCAAAAUCGCGCCGCUCAGUUAGAAAAGCAAAUUAAAGUGUUGAUAGACGAUAGUGUAGCCCUGCUGAAAGCGCGGAUGAGCGAGUUAGGCAUAAAUGCGACGUCGCCUGUUGAUUUGUUAGCAAAAGCAAAAGAGAUAGUAUGCCGUCAUAAAGAGUUGCAAGCAAAAGCGAGCAAAUUACAAAUUCAGGUCGCUAAUUUGGAACAGGAGCAAAACAACUACGUUUUGGAACGUCAACAAGAAAUUGUAGAAAAAUACGUUAAGCACGAUGUUCAUCAUCUCUCGCCGAAUGCGACUCAGGAGUAUAUUCUCAAGGAAAUAUCGUCGACUCUCGCUCACCGCAAGAAAUUACACAACCAAGUCUCGCGUCUAGAAACAGAGUUGCAUAAUUUAGAAAAGUGUAACGAUGAACGUAAGCAGACUCAAACCGUCUUAACAUCACGCCCGACACAACCAGCGGCGAAAGUGUCACGAAAAAGUCGCGAGUACAGAACGAGAUCGCAGGAUUGGCCCGAUGUUCCCGACAUUGGCAAAAUUGAAGAGCAAAAUCCCGAAAUAUUGGCGCAGAAAAUCUUGGAGACCGGACGUAAAAUUGAAGCAAGCAAAUUGUCGACCACUAGCUCUAGUAAAGUCACGUCUCAUUUGCCAAACGGUGUCAAAACCGCAAACCAAGUCAAUCAGCGGGGAAUUAUUCGGAAUACAAUGCCGGCCCCUCUACCUGCUGCCAAAAGGGUUAAGUCGACGAACUUUGUGCCACAACGGUCGCAAGAAACACCGAGAAUAGCUAAUUUUGAAGAUAGGCUGAAAAGUAUCAUUACGUCCGUUUUAAAUGAGGACCAACAAAAUCGUAACAAAGCUCAGAGCAACCAUAUGUACAACAUGAACAGCAAUAACAAUCAGUAUUCGGUCACUUCACCAGCAAACCCGCCAUUCAAUAAUAAUAUCAUCCAGUACAAUCAAUUCGCCUCAAAAAUUGAAGAGAAAUCGAAAUAUAAAUUUUCACGAUGCGAAACAUUAGUACGGCCAAUGGAUGAAUCGCGCGCAAUUGAAAAUCACAUGAACAUUUCCGACUGCUAUCGGGAACCAGAGCCUCCUCGCGGAUCGCCGCAGGUCGCAAGACAAUUAACGGCGGAACAACCCGACUACACUCAGGUGUCCCCGGCAAAAUUAGCACUGAGACGGCAUUUAUCUCAAGAGAAAUUGGCGGCUCAACUCCCGACCUACAAUCACAACGAUGGUCUGGUUGCCACAAGAACUAUUGGAGAUCUGGUGUCGGGUGAAAUCGAACGUACUUUGGAAAUUUCGAAUCAGUCAAUUAUCAACGCCGCAGUUGACAUGAGCGACAUACAGGGCACGACAACGUUAACUCCAAGGUCAAUGGUUAAUGCAAAUAUACCUCCUCGGCCAGAAAGAGUUAAUGCAAAACCAAACACGGAAUUAACAUCACAAAGUAAGGAAACAGAACCACUAAUUAGGCAGGUUUAUAGCCCGAUUUCGAGACCAUCAUCAACAGAAGGCCUUGAAGGGUUGGCCUACAUGCAUCCACAUAGUAAAAUUAAUAACCCGCCACACAACUCAUACGUUGCCGCCCCCACGGUGUCGCCGCGCCAACCUCAGUAUUCCCCGAGAACAACCGUUUUGUACCCGGUGCAAAAUAGGUCGGGUUCAAAUUAUCCACCGGGCGACUACACACCAUUACCGAGAGCGGACAUUAAACCAUAUCAUGAGUCUUACUUCAGCGACGUUAAACCGCCCAUACUGGACGCCGAAUUGCCGCGAAACAAAUUUGUACCUGAGGGAUUAGCAGCUAGUUUACAGGCCGCCCGCGUUCUCAACGGGCAGCAUAUUAAAGAGGAAGUGGACGACCGAAUGAACGUAUACUGUCGCCGCAACUACCUACCUCUGAAUAUGCUCCCUAAUAUUCCAACAUAUGUCGACGAAGAAGGCCCCAUUAAAACUGAGCAUAUAAAUAACGACUGCCAGUACAAACGUGACGGGAUGACGGGAACAGCGAUACGAAAUCCCAUUAAGAGAUCGACGUACAUUUUGGAAGGUCACAAAACGUUCUUGAACGACGUCUCCUCGGAAACCCACUCGAAUACAUCAACUCCGUUGGUAGACGAAGCGCCCGAACCUACGCGCAUCCGAAAACCGAACGAAGAAGAUGCGGAAGCUGAAGAAGAGGGCGAGGAAUCAAAAUGGCAGGAUAGAAUUAGCUCAGGAUUUGAUAGACUUGUGGCUUUUGCUUCGACAGAAUUAGAUAAGAGAAGGCGCUCCACCGAAGGUGAUAGCUGUAACACUUCGCCCGAUUCCGGUAUCGGUCACGGAGACCCGCCUCCCCCUUCAUUGAACAUACCGCCGAUUAAGCAAGCUUUGAAACUGAAUUGUAUGCCCAAACCUUCCCUAUUGAAAAAACCGAAUAUCGAAAAUUCGCCGUCAACUGAACAAAACGACGAGUCAGGACCACCACGAACGCCAUCUCCUUCGUCUCCCAACCUGUCGGUGCGAUUCAGCCCUAAUCCGCCAAUGAUAAUUGAGAAAAGUCCGACGCGUUUAAAUCCCGCUCUACUUAAAUACCAACGGCACACUGAGGACAAAAAGCAAAAACCGGAUCAGCACUACAAAAAGAAGUUUUUCUAUCGAGAACAAUGGCGAGACGAUUCGUGGCAGAAAAGGAACGAUAGCUUCGUCGGUUCGAUGCGUGACAAAUUUAAACCUAAGGGAAAGGACUGGGAUUGGAAUAAAGACCACACUAGCAUUGAUUAUGCGCAUGCCGAUCACCAGAAUAGUGAGUGGAAUCACAGCCAACAAGAGCAAUACGACGGAUGGGCAAAUUGACAAAUGUACAUCCUCUGCUCGAGUUUUUUAAAUACCGACUACAAUAAAUGAUUUUCAAUUUAUAUAUCGAUUUCACAAAGCAAAAUAUGGAUUGAGCGUCCCCUUUUCGUUGUUACAAGUUGAAAACGGAAUCUCUUAGCAUUUACGAUCGAGCGGCACUCAUAAUUUGUCUAGUAAAAAUACCGGAGAUCGUAAAUGCAUAGUAGACUGUAUAUUGUGUUCAAAAAAGCGUUUACUAAAACCGUUUCGUUUUCAGUAAAUGCUUGAUAUUUAUUUUAAAUUAUCGAUUUAGAAUAGCGACUUAAAGUCGAUAACACUGCCUCCUUGCUUUAAUCCAACUCGUACUAUUUACGGUGUUUUUGAUUUGAAUUUCUACAAAACUGACGAACGAUCAAUAAUAAUUUAUUUUGUGUAUUAUUGUAUAUUUAUCACACUGUAUAUAUCUUCAGUUAAACUGUAUGAAAUGUAUAGAUUAGGUUUUAAGACAUAGGUAGAUAUGUUCUUUGUAUAUUACACAGAAAACUGCAAGUUACAUACAAUGUAAUUAAUUGAAUUGAAAAAGUUUCGAAUUUUUAAUCGAUACGCGCGCGCUUUCAGAUGGGUGAAGUUGUUUUUAUUGUAAAUUGGAAUUUUGAAAAUAACUUAACUAAACUCUAGGUAUGGUACAAACACUGCCACUAUCACUUGCUAGAUUUUACCUCGAUAUUACAGAACCUUGAUGUAGCAAGAAGCUUAUGUUAUUUUUAUUCCAGUGUAUACGAGAACUUUUUACUCUUUUUCAGUUUCAGAUACCCAUAACAGUCUUCCCUAGGUUUUAUAUAAUUUUACCGAUUAGUAAAAACCAUCCCGAUAACUUGUCCUCUUAAAAGUUCUUGUAUAUCACUUUUUAUGUAUAGUACAAAUUUUUAAUUUUAUUAGAAUAUUUCAUUUUGAGAAAUGGCGACCGCGUUCAUUUCGCUUCAUUCUUAAUUGCGGCAUUUGGUCUGGUACCAAACGGAUUUCGAUUUCUUGAUAAGUCAGGGAUUUGCAAUACCAGAAAAAGAAAAAAAAUAGUGAGCGAUUUACUGUACAAUUAUUGUUAGGAAAUUACAACUGCCAGACGCGAGAGGACGGCCAACUGGUAGACUCGAAAAUUAGAUUCUUUUUCUGUUGAAGAGAUUGUUUUCUUUCAUCCAGGUAUGUUAUGUAUACCAAAUUUUUAGAUUGCACUGUUAUAUUUGGUGAUAUUAUUGUAUUUAUUAGUUAACUCUUAGUUUAUGUUUUGAAAAAUAAGGUUUAUGUUCGUUAAAGUAAUUACUUCUCGUUUUACUCUUUGAUUGUACAAAGUUUGUUUUGUUUUAUAUAAUUUUUACUCAUUGUAGUAUGUUUUUAGUGGUUACUUUAAUGUUAACUACUUCUAUUUAUUGAGUCUGCAUGGUUUAUCGUUUUUAUUGUUUUAGAUUUCCAUUCAACAUUGAAUGUAAUUGCUUUUCAAAGCAUAAAACGAGAGGGGUUAGUGUUGUUCGCAGUUUCAUGAAAUAGAAGACUUCGUGAAAAUGUGAAACGAUACUAGCCCAGGUUUCUUUUAAACAAUUUUUGAUGGGUCUACCUUUUCGAUUAUACAGUCUAUUCAGUACUAUGAAUGUGAAUAGUUGUAGUUUUAGACAAUUAGGUAUAUGUUUAAUAUAAAAAUAAGUUGGUAUUUAAACAUGUCACCUAACUGCCAAUUAUUUAAUAAACACUUAAUGUAAA